GUUCAGUUCACCAAACGACAAUCUUUCAAAAACAUAAGAAAAAAAAAAAAAAACAAAACAAAAGCAAAAACAAAACUUGAGCUUCAAAUUCAUCAAUUGCUACACAAAAAUUCAGGAAUUGAACACGGGGAAGGAGGUGGUUGGUGGGUAAGAGAAGGAGAAGUGAGCGGAAAUGCCGGAGGAGAAUUUGGUGGAUAUAAAAUUCAGGCUUUAUGACGGGUCGGAUAUCGGGCCAUUUCGUUACUCCGCCACAUCCACGGUAGACAUGCUUAAGCAAAGAAUUGUCUCUGAUUGGCCCAAAGGUAAGACAAUUAUUCCAAAGGCAGUGAAUGAAGUCAAACUGAUAAGCUCUGGUAAAAUUUUGGAGAACGACAAGACUGUCGGUCAGUGUAAAGAACCCUUUGGUGAAGUUGCAGGUGGGGUUAUCAUCAUGCACGUUGUAGUACAGCCAUCUCUUGCAAAAACUAAAACAGAAAAGAAGAUUGAUGAUUCGCCCAGAAAGAUUGUAUGUUCGUGUUCUAUUUUAUGAAGGCGAACUUGUAGAGUUGGAAACAUGUUUAAUGCUGGUAACAAUGUUUAGGAAGGUAAACAUUGUCUCUGAGUAUCCCUUGUAUGUUCAUUGCAAAGUCCAUCUAUGCAAGUUCUUAAUAGAGUGAUGAUGAAGUGCAUUUUUCUUUUCUUUGGUUCCUUAGUUUCGUUCUUUCCAAAUACUAGCUUGAAUCAUUUGUUAACUUGUAUAGACUACUCCAUGUAAAGACUAAAUGUAUACCAAAUUGUAAGCAGAUAUGCCUUCGUAUAAAUGCCAUAUGUUAUUACUUAAAC